CGCGCCGGAAGGCGAGUGGGCGGGCGCUCGCGCCCGGCUGAAAGAUGGCCGCCGCCGCCCGGCAGCCACCGCCCCGGAGGUUACUCUAGGGCCUGCGGCUUCCGCCCGUGCCCGCGGACCACCGCCGUCUCCUUACCAUGAAGCCAGUGAGUCGCCGCACCCUGGACCGGAUUUAUUCAGCGUUGCUCCUCGCGGUCGUAUUGCUCUCCUGGGGAUACGUCAUCUAUGCAUCAACUGUAGCUGCACGACGACAGCUAAGGAAGAAAUACCCAAAAUCUUCGGGAUGAAUGAAAAUUUGUAAUUCCUCUGGAUUUGAUUCCAUGCAUAUACAAUUCUUUACCUCAUGCUCAUCUGACACGUGUCUCGAUUUAAUGUAAAAUCUUUAAAAUGCUUUGAAAUUCA